GUUUCCUCCCGGUGUGAAGAUGGUGUCUGUCAGGAUGCAGCCGUGUGUGUUGUCGGUUUUACUCCUCAACGUAUUCUACAGCUUCGUGUCCUCUCUGUACUUUCACAUCGGAGAGACGGAGAAGAAAUGUUUCAUAGAGGAAAUCCCGGACGAGACGAUGAUCAUCGGCAACUACCGGACUCAGCUGUAUGAUAAACAGAGGGAGGAGUACCUGCCGGCCACUCAGGGUCUGGGCAUGUUUGUGGAGGUCAAAGAUCCUGAUGACAAGGUUAUUCUGUCUCGUCAGUACGGCUCAGAGGGAAGAUUCACCUUCACAUCACACACACCUGGAGAACACCAGAUCUGUCUGCACUCCAACUCCUCCAAGUUCUCCCUCUUCGCUGGAGGCAUGCUGAGGGUUCACCUGGACAUCCAGGUCGGCGAACACGCCAACAACUACGCUGAGAUCGCUGCCAAAGACAAACUGACGGAGCUGCAGCUGAGAGUCCGACAGCUGGUGGAGCAGGUGGACCAGAUCCAGAAGGAGCAGAACUACCAGAGGUACCGUGAGGAGCGUUUCCGUCAGACCAGUGAGAGCACCAACCAGCGGGUCCUGUGGUGGUCCAUCGUCCAGACCCUCAUCCUGGUGGCCAUCGGCAUCUGGCAGAUGAGACACCUCAAGAGCUUCUUCGAGGCCAAGAAGCUGGUGUAACUUUUCUCCUGGAGGAGAGUCUGAGUGUGUGUGUAUGUGUGUGUGAGAGAGAGAGAGUGUGUGUGUGUGUGUGUGUGUGUGUGUGUGUGUGUGUGUGUGUGUGUGUGUGUGUGUGUGGUCUCUACUGAUUGAUGCAGUACUGAGCGGCGGUCGCUGCCGUCAGAGAGAAAACUGCUGAGGAGACGGGGACGCAGACAAAUCCACCUGCACGAUUCGGCUUGAAAACAUCUUUAUUAUUAAUAUUAUUCUCAUUGUUAAUGUUCUGACUGUUUCCUCGCCCGCCCUGUUUGUAAUGAGCCCCUCACAUUUGCAGUAGACUAUCAGGGGGGAUGUGAAUCUAUUUAUUACACAGGCCGAUUUGUUUCGGGAGCAGGAAUCUGGUUUUACCUUUUCGAUCUGGACUAGGUUUAGUCUCUGGUUCUCCUGUUGACUCCAGCAGGACCAGGACAAAGUAACUAAACCAGUCCACGUCUACCAGGCAGUUAGAGUCAUGUUUUCUAUUAUUCAUUUGCCCUUUUUCUUUCUUGUUACUCGGUGUGAGUACUUGACGUGUUACUGGCCACUAGAGAUGUUCAGAAAUAAAAGUCAGGUUUACAUGAACUUCCGUUUGAAGCUGUUCGUUUGCUCCUCGACCUCUGAGUGACAACUGAAAUCAUAAUCUGGAUUCAUUUGUGGAACAAUUCAGUGAUGUAUUUUCUGAAUCCUCCAUCAUCCGAUCAGCUAAUUUUCAGCUGCAGCAAAACUAAAAUAAAAGAGGGUGAAAUUUAAUCAGUGAUCAUUAAUUGCUACUGCCAAAAUCUCAUUCUCUAUUUUAACAACAUACUCGGUGCAAGAGGCUUUUAGUGUUUAUACGGAGGAUUAUUUUUCAAGCUCAAAUGCCAAAUAUUUGUUGGUUAAAGCUCCUCAGAUAUGAGGGUUUGAUGUUUUUCUUGCUCUCAUAUUGUUAGUAAGUUAUGAAAAAACUUCUAAUGACGUAACUUUGUGUUGUUGGUCCUUUUUUUCUGAAAUGCAGAAAGUAAUUGAUAAAUUGAAAAAAAAAAAUGGCAGAUUAAUCAAUAAUGGAAAUAAUCACUAGCUACAGCCUCAAUACUGUUAAUACUGAGAUGAGCACUUCAGUAGUUUCUCUUUCCUCCAGUGCUGUUUCUGUUUGCUCAGUCUGCUGCUGCCCCGAUAAACUGCCCCCACCCUUCAUGGGAUUCAUUUGGGGUAAAUAUCUGAGGACUUGCGCGACGCCUCGUCCUCGGGGAGGGCGGGAAGUGCAGCCGACGUGCAGUUAAAGCCAGUACGUCACAGCUUUUAAUCACGUCGGGGUCGCCAGCCGCUCUGUUCGGCUCGCGACUUGUUCUGUCACAUUAUCAGAGUUUUGGCUUCAGUACCGACGUUCUUCAUCACAUGAAGAAGGAUUGAACAACACCAGGUUUUACUUUGACCUGUGAUGUCACCAAGCUUCACCUGAUCUUUCAGGAGCCAGUUUGUACCGACUGGAAUCCCUGUUUUAAUAUUCCAGCUAUUUCACGAGCCACGCUGAGAAUCUGUGAGAAGCUCAGAUUUAAAAUGACAUUUUUUACAGUGACUUCUGAUGCUGAAGGGAAGUUCCCAGAGCACAGGGUUUGGUGUAAAUACAGGUGAAGGAUCGGUUCCAGUGGUACUGAGGCAAAGUUUGAAGAAACAGUUUGGUGAAUGUGGCGACGCUGCUCUCGGCUCUUUCCGCUGAGCCUGUUUUAUUUUCUUAUUUCUGCCUGGCUCAGUGAAUUUCUACCAAAAGAGACAGUUUUCUGUUUGUUGCCGUGUGCGUUUUAGUGAAGCUGCAUUUUUUCCAAGUGUCCAAACUGAAUGUAAGCGUCUGUUGAUCUGACUCUGGCUGGGUGUGGGUCUGCGGGUGGAGGUGGUGACGGAACAAUAUUCUGAAUUUCCUGGUAUUUGACAUUUGGCAUCAGAUAAAAGAAUUUGCUUGAUAGUUUUUUUCUCGUUGCAUCCAACACAGUCCAGAGACGCCUCAUUUGUUUGUAUCAUUUUCAGUUGACUGUGUUAAAGGAGAGUCUUGAUGCUGUGUCUCCUGUAUGAAAAGGUCAGCACUCGAACACAACACUGUUCCCACAGUUUCCCUGUUCGUUUUACUGAUUUUAAAAACCAAAUUGUCAAAGCCGCACGUCUGGUGAAGAAAAAUCUGAAAACCGCCUCAGCACUGCUUCGCCGCCAGCUCCUGUAACUGGUUGGAUGAUCUUUACCUCGAGGUUUUACCCGCUUCAGGUGUAGAACAACAAAAACACACAAAUCACAAACUGUCGUAGAAAAGCUGACUUUACGUCCUCAGACUGCGCAAAAUCCAAGAACACUGAGACCUGAGCCGCUGAAUCCUCGGCCUGGUCACUGUGGAAUAAAUAAGAAUCCGAGGAGUAAAAAUGCCUGAAAACGUCAGUCAGACAGUUUAUUUUCUUCAGUUUUCAGUAGUUUGUUGCUUUUCUUUUUUUUUUUUUUUUUUUUCUCUGGUGGUUUGUGAGAAACAGUUUAUGUUGCUGGUAGCUUUCAGAUGAAAUGUUUCUCCGGGGUUAGAUUUUGAAUCAUUGCUAAAAGGUUUUAGGCUGGAAGAGGGGCUUGAAUUUAUUUUAUUUUUUAGAGAGAUUCUGUCCAUGUGAAAUCUGUCUAUAAUUGCACUCGAAAUAAAGUUUUGUCACAUUUGG